AUGGCGUCGGGUCACCUUCGCCUUCAUAUUUCUCCUGCAAAUUCACCAAUUUUACUAUCAUUACCUUUGAAAAGGUGUGCGAUUGCCUGUACUCCCAAUACCCAUGGUUACGAUACAAAUCCGAAAUCAAAGCCCAAAAAUUGGUCGAAAACCCUAAUCUCUUUGGCAGUUGCUGUGGCUCUCGUGACUCCAUUGCCUUGUUCAGCAAUCCCUUCUUUCAAUUCACAAUCUUUUUCCAACACUCCAUUUUCUCAGUCACAGAAUUUGCCCACUGGCUUGGAAAAUGGAAAAAUCAGAGUUUGCCCUUCUAUAAAUCCAAGCUGCAUAUCAAGUAAUCCCAAAUCUUCAAAUUUUGCAUUUCCGUGGAGGAUAACAGGCUAUUCUUCAGAAAGUGUGGCCAUUCAGGAAUUACAAGAUGCACUCUUGAAAACACUGAAGAAUGUCAAGAUUCAGCCUGUUGAAGAUACACCUAAUGGUAAGUAUCUGAAAGCGGAGGUGGAUGUAGGAUUUGGCCAAGAUGUUUUGGAGUUUUUAGUAAAUGGAGACGUUGUUUCGUUUAGAGCUAUGGCUACCAAGGUAACAUAUGUAUAUCCCUUCACAACAGCUUUUGGGGACUCGAAAGGCGAGGAAGAUAGAUUGAGCAAGAUUGUAAAUGAAUUAGGGUGGUAUGCUCCAAGUUUUGAUUCCAUGGAUUAG